AUGAACAUCAAUUCAGGAGGUGGUAUACCUGCCCCACCACCAGGCUGGCAGAUAUCGAUGGAUAACAUGGGUAGAUACUUCUACUACAAUCCAAUGACUCAACAACAAUCGUGGACUCCACCACCAGGCUCACAGAUGCCAACUGCUGUUGUUGGUCAACAGCAACAACAACAACAGAGUGGUAUUGGACAGGGACAACCAAUCGUACAACAAUCGCCACAACAACAUAUCAACAUAUCAAAUCUGGCCAAUUCAAAGUCAUCGCUGUCGUCGUCCAGCUUGCCAGACGGUUGGGAGGAGGCUACCGACAAUCAGGGUCGUGUCUACUAUAUCGACCAUCUAAACAAGAAGACAAGUUGGAUUCAUCCCAACUUUAGUCAACAGCUACAUCAUCAACAGCCUCAAUCGCAACAGCAACAGUCUCAGCCAGUGCAUCAACAACAGCAGCAACAGUCACAUCAGCAACAACAGCAGCAGCCGAUCAUCUCAUCGAAUCCAUCAUACCCAUCGAUCGUCCCCAAGAAGGCUGCACCUUCUUCGGGUGACUACUAUCCAUCAAUGAAUGAAUAUGGCUAUAACGUCUCAAGCUCACCAAAGCAACCGACAUUCAUUCCUCCCAAGGUUACAAGCGCGCCAGCACCAGCUAGACCUAGCACAACGACCUCACCAAUGGCACCCAUUCAAAGACCUCCCCUGUCAAUGUCUAAGCCAACCUCUGUCCUCUCCCAGACAGCUCCUCUCUGGGAUCUCGAGAAGAUAGUACCAGCAUGCUCCAACUGUUAUCUCCCAUUCACUGUUAUAAGAAGACGUCAUCAUUGUAGAUGUUGUCAAAGAGAGUUCUGUGACGCUUGCAGUGUAAAGAGAAUUGCUAUACCACAGUUCAAUCAUAAUGAUCAGGUUAGAGUGUGCCUUUACUGCUUCAUUCAUACAACAGACCAUGAGAAGACAUGUAUUUCAAGAUUGGUACCAUAUUUCCUCGACUUCCACAAGGAUACCAAUCAUCAGUAUCAGGCAUUGUGCGAGCUCUACGACUUCUUGUUGACCAACCAGAACAAUGCCGAGCGUGUAGAGACUGCCCUUGUUGGAGGAUUGAAGCCAUUCAUGGAGUACAUCGCCAGGACCACCAAGGAGAACCACAGGAGUGAGAACCUUACCCUAGCAUGUCAAAUAGUCUGCUUCCUCACCAAGUACAAGAAGUUAUUGAAGCCACUUCAUCAGACUGAGUACAUCUCAGCUUUGUUCGACUUGAUGUCUUGCACUGAUGUGGCAUCUGUCAAGCUGGACUGCGCUAGGAUCUUGAAGAAUAUUAUCUCCAACAUUGACAAGACCACUCAUACUCCAACACAACCACCCGCGCCAUCCGUUGCCGCAGCCGCCGCCGUAACACUCAAUGUUGGUGCCGUGCAGAAUGCCGCUGGAGUGGUUGAGGACGGGGGACUGCGAGUGACCACCGCCAUCUCCAAGGCACAGAUCGUCGAGAUAGUCUCCCUCCUGGAGAACCCAACGUCCAAGGACGACUUCCAGUUGGAGCUGCUCAAGAUCUUGCGCAUCCUCUCACACAAUGAGGAGCAGUUACAAAACAUUGCCAACUCCAACAUUGUCGAGGUGGCUUCGCCACUCCUCUCGUCCACCAGAGUGGACGUGCUCAAGAGUGUGCUCAAGGUGUUGACCAGGCUAUCCAUCCUUGACAAGCAGAAUGCCGAAAAGCUCUACUCUGUUGGUGGUGUCAUCUUCCUCCUCGAGUUACUUGUCAAGCAGAUAUCCCCAGUGCUCAACGUCAUCCUCAUCAAGCUUCUCUACUCAAUCAGCAAAGUUAGCAAAUGUUCAAGCGCUAUCGCCAGCUCAGACACUGGCAUUGGAUCAAUAUUGUUCUUGUUUGUCAACUCAUCUGGUAACCUCAACUUGCAAGAACCAAUACUGUUGUUGUUGUUGCAGGUGAUGGAGAACAACCAGUUGAACAAGCAGAUGCACAUUCAGAUCACACAGAAUGAUAGUUUCAUCAAGUCAAUGUUCCAAUCACUCAAGAUUCCCGCACUUGAACCAUUGGUGCUGGCCAUAUUCAGUCAGCUCUGUCUCACCGACGAGUCCAAGGAGUCACUGCGCGUCCAGGGCAUCAUUGAGCCUAUUCUCUCAAUGAUGUACGACAGGAGCAAGAGUAUCCUACUUCCCCUGGAGAUCCUCACAAGGAUUGCGAUGAACAAUGAGAAGGCCUGCUAUGACAUUUUCGAAGUUGGUGGACUGUCUGUGUUGAUUGACAUCAUCACAUCACCAGCGCCACAGGCACCAAAGCGGGAGGCACCUGUCAAUGGCGAGAUACCAUACACGGAGUUGGAGGACAUUGCUGAGAGCACCUACAAUGCCGAUGUAAAGCGAUUCGAGAUGUACAAGAAGGUGCAGUACAACACGGUCAAGCUUGUGGGCAGUCUUUCCUACUCCAAGAACAUCGUCCAGGAGUUUGUCCACUUUGAGAAUGGCGCCGGUGUCAAGGCGCUGGUAGCCCUGCUCAACCCCUCCGUUGAUGAGUCCGUCAAGCAGGUGGCCUCUGAAGCGCUCAGCAACCUGUGUGAGAACGAGACCUGCGCCAUUCUUGUGCUGAGCGAGGAGGGACUCACCUACUCCAUGGCCCUGCUCUCAUCAUCCAACACGGCCAUCAAAGCCAAUGCACUGCGAUUGCUACAGAGACUCGCCAGCCACUCACAGGAGAUCAAGCUGGCCAUCUCUGAGGGCACGUCCAUACGCCAGAUCGUCGAGAUGCUGUCCAAUCAGUCGGCAGAGCUAAAAAAGUGUGCGAUCUUCUCGCUGGCCGAGCUCUGCAAGGAGAACGAGUCCAAUCGUGAGCAGGCCUUCAAGUUUGGCUGUCUGCCUAUCCUGGCACAAUCGUUCAAUAUCUACACCAGUGACCCCAAGUCCUUGGUGUGUCUGCUAGAGAUUAUCUCUGGCUUUGCCGGCCAGAACGAUCAGUACCGCAGCGUAUUGUUGGGCACGUCGAUCGUCCAGUCAAUCAUCGAGUACCUCUUCAACAACAUGAACUCGCCAGACGACAACUUUGUCAUUCAAACACAGGUGUACUCAGUGCUCAUCCUCUCACAGUUGGUCAAGGAGAACAUGGCCGAUCAGAUCAGAAAGAUCAUCAACUCGGGCGUCAUCCUGUCGCUCGUGCCCCUGCUCUCUGUUAAGAACUCAUACCUCCAAGAGUACACAUUGAUCGUCCUCAAUGUCGUCUCCAAGAACAGCUCAUCCGAGCUGCGCGAGAGCUUGAUGACAUCAGGCCCCAUCCUUGAGAGUCUCAGCCAGUUGCUCAACUCCAAGAACGAAGCCAUCCUAGUCAACUCGCUCACGCUACUCAUUGAGUUGUCCAAGAGUCCAGAGUGUGGAGGCUAUCUCCUCUCGACCAACGCCAUCACUCAAGUAUCCGAGCUCAUCAUCAGCCCCAACACGCCCACAAGAUGCAAGAGUUUGGCCAUCCAGCUCAUCUCCUCGUUCUUCUCGAACAACACGAGCAACACCAACAUAUGGGAGGUGUUCACUGCCAAGGCUGGCAUUCCAGGUCUGGUCGCUCUGCUUUCGUCCACCAGCGUCAUGGCCCAAAUCACCAGUGCCAACGCCCUGUCUGCCAUCGUAGUUGAUGGACCAGGCCGAGCCAGAGUCGUCGAGUCGGGCGGACUUCACGCCCUGGUCAACGCGCUCUCCUCAUCCAACAUCAAUGUGUCGUGUGCUGUACUCGUGACAGUGCUGGGCCUCUCACUCGAGGACGAGCUCUGUGAGACAAUUGUAAACUUGGGCGCGCUCAACUCAUUGUUGACCAUCCUUGCCAACCAGGAGUACAUGUCGAACAACAUCAACAUUGAUGCCAAGCUCUACGCAUGCGAGACCAUAUUCAACCUUGCCUCCAACCAACAGUGUCGCUCUAUGAUCUGCGACAACAGACUGAUCACACAGCUUCUCGACCUCCUGUUUGUCGGCACUGAAGCCUACAAGAUCGUCGCGUGCAAGACCCUUGCGUUGCUCGCUGCCGACCCUGCCACUGCCAAGGCGGUGUGUGAACAAGGUGGCAUCAUUGGCCUUGUCCCACUACUCUCCUAUGAGAGCAGCGAUGAGAACACUCUGAUGUCCGUUGCGAUUGCACUCACCAAUCUGGCGCAGCACAUUGAGAUGUCCAAGAACCAGAUACUCACCACGACCAACGACAAGGGUGUGACUGGUGUCGAGAUCAUCCUGGCCAUCCUCGCAGCCAAGGAUGGAGUGAGAUCGAGUCAAUCACUCAAGCUACAACUCCUUGAUCUUCUGCAAAUGUGCUCAUCCGAUGGCAUUUUCCUCGCGGCCCUCGAGUCCACCGAGCAAGGCAUCCCCAACCUUCUCUCCCUGCUGUCAGCAUCGCUCUCCAAGCUCCCAACGAUGGCCAGCUCGCCCCAGGUCAAGCCGGUCAAUGACAACGAUCCAUCUCCAUCAAAGGAGGUACAGAACCAGUUGCUGAUCGUGUUCAAGACGUUGUCAAUCAUCAUUGCCAUCUCACCAAAUCCCAAGAUCAGGAAUCUGUUGGUACAGAACAAUUGUCUGAAGCAGAUCUCAUUGCUGAUGACGCCGCCACCAGAGGUUCUCGUGUCGAUUGACAUGCUGUCCAACUCGAUCUCCUUGUUGGAUCUCCCCACCAAGGAAACACAGCAUCAACACAUAAGUGUCGAAGCCAUUGGCGACAAGGACGAGGUCAACCUACAGUGCCUCAACCUCAUCCACAAGUUCUCGCUAUCAGAGUUUGGCAAGAACGAGAUCAGGAACUCAAAGCUUGUGCCUCUGGUCCAAAGAUUCCUUGAUUCCAAGAUUGAGGAGCAAGUCUGUACAUCUCUUAAAAUACUUCAUAACCUUGCAGUAUCAAACCUUAAUCGAUUGGAGAUACAUACCAAUGGUGGAAUGGAGAAGGUAUUGGACAUAUUUACAAAGACAACCAGUCCAACGAUCAUAUUGAACUCUCUAUGUACAUUAUAUCAGUUAAUAUAUUUAGUGGACAACUUCAACCUGUUCAUUAAGCGUGAUUGUUUCAAAUUGCUUGCACAGUGCACUGCAUACCCUAGUGAAGCCAUCCAACUCAAUGCUCUGAUGUUGAUCAAUAGACAUUUGAACAAUGAGAGAUAUGCCGAGAUACUCAAUGGUCUUGGUAUAGUGGACAGUAUUUUGAACAUACUCAACACGGCAUCCAGUGAGAACCUGAUCAUGUACGUUCUCAAGACAUUGAACGACUUUACUCCAUUCGACAAUCUGCGCAAGACUAUAUCCGAGAAGCUACCAAUCGAUGUUCUAAAGGCCAUGCAGACAGUUCCAAACCAAACGAUCAGAGAACUAUCAGAGUCAUUGCUUGGAUCAUUUGGUUCAAAUUAG